GUAUCAAAUCACUUUCAAGACAUAAUACACUUAGUCGCAUUACAGUUAACUACAUCAGAUUUUAUUUAAUAUUAUGAAUAACAUAUAUCAUAAAACUUUGAACUACAAAAGAUAUACUGCGAAAAGUGAUUAGAAACAGAGAAUCGAAUAACGAUGGCGAAGCUGGUAAAUGUUUGGCGGGACGAUGACCCGGUCGAUUUGACGCGAAGACAAAUGCCGUUGAUUGUCGAUGAAAAUCUUACGAUGAUUAUGGAUAUAAAUGGUUUGGGAGCAAUCUGUGAUAGUCCAUUAGUUCGUGGUAAACAGUUUGAUGAAUUUACUAGAAAACUUGAUAUGCUUACAAAAGAGGAAAUUAAAGCUUCCUUUGAAGUUACUUGCAAGGAUAUGCUUGCAAUUUUGGGCCAAGCUGUACCAUGUGUUGGUUGUAGAAGAAGUGUUGAGAGAUUGUUCUAUGACCUCAUGAAAUCAGGACAUCCAGCAUUAGAUCCUUUGGUAAUUACACCUGAAGGUUUAUUGUCAAUAAAAGAUGAUGUUCUAGAAUCACCACAAUUGCUCUGUACAAUGUUACAAGGACACAGCACUAGGUUAAAUAGUUUAGUUGAAAGACAGCCCAGAAAUAAAAAGUCAAGAAGAUGUGUAUUACACUCAUUAGAAAUACAGCGUAUGAAACCACUUCCCAGUGCAUGGAAAGAAGUAUGGGAUUGUAUGGAACUUCCGUGUCGUCAAGAACUUGCUUUAAUCGAAACUGAUACUCUUGAGGCCACUCUCGAUACAUAUUUGCGUAAACAUCGAUUUUGUGGCGAAUGUCGUACAAAGGUAUUAUUGGCUUCUUCACUGCUAACAACAGAACCUGAACCAGCAAAGGAGAAGGGUUAUGUUGCUGCUUUAUAUUCUGGGAUUAAACGUUGUAUACGCGAUAGACAUGUACAUUUACCUACAAAUACAGAUUAUAUUAGUACCCUUAUCGGACGCGCUCAACCAGAACUCAUGGGAAGGGAACGGCAUGCAAAGACAUUGGAAAUUGCUCAGGAAGAGGUACUUACAUGUUUAGGAAUAUGUGUCGCCGAACGUUUGCAUAGAGUUCAUAGGCGAUUAAGAGAAGAAGAAACUGUAUGUAGAGUACUAGCUGCUGUUGCAGUGGAUGCAUUGUCUAGGAAUUUUCAAAUGGCUGUAGAAGUUAAACAAGGUAUUUCUCAACUAGAACUCCUCUAUGAAGAGUUGACACGAGAAGAAAUAGCGAAACAGCAACGACGAGAAAAAUUACGCUUGAAACGCAAGAAGAAGAAAGAACGUCGUUAUGAGACGGAAGAAAAAGAAAAUACAUGUGAUUGUUCAAGCAAAAGGCAAAGUGGUAACAGUGAUACACCUUGUGUUUGUGCAGAUUUGAAACCCACGACGCAAAAUAUAGAUCGACAUAAGUUACAAGUAUUAGAUCCAAAAAACAAGAGAUCGCCAACGUGUAAAUGUCCAGAUUGUGUAAAGAAAUCAAAAUCUAGUAUAUCGCAACCACAAAGUCAAACUCAGUUAGCAUUCCCUAAAAAAUCAUCAAAUAUGCAAAAAACUACAGUUAAGAAAGGUUCUUCCGAAUCAAAGGCAAAAACUGCUGCAAAUCAAACAAAAAAGAAUAAUACUCCCGUUAAAAAUCUUUCUGAAGAAGAAUAUUUCGAAUCGUGUGAAUCGUGUAAGGAUUUUUCCGAAAAAAUUGACCACUGGCACAGUUUGGAUGGUUGUAAAGAUCCAAUGGCUAAAGACAUCGUAGAUGCUUGGAUAGGAAAACCAAGCAAAAGAUACAACAUGUGGAUAGAAAUGAAAAAACGGUUUGAAUUAUCAAUCUCAGAUAGGAAAAGUCGUUCCUCAAGCGAACGAUCGUCACAAGAUUGCGGUUAUUCGUCGGAACAUAACAUUAGUAGUUCUUCCCUUCCUAGUACUCCGGAAGGAUCGGAAGUAGCUUGCAGUGAUGGGUGUUGUAAUCAUGAAAGAGAUUGUCAUGAUAUACGGCCAUCUGAUAAACUUGUUCAUUCCAAUUCCAGUAUCUCUUUACUUAAAGAAAGGGGUGGAGGUUUAACACUUACACAGAUGUUAGAAGAUUCCUACUUAUCAGAUGACGAAGAAAAAGAAAGUUAUAUUCCAGCGGAAGAGGUUCUGGAAUUCAAAUCUCGAAUGUGCCAAGUUCUUGAGAAACGACAAGAACUUCGUCAGACACUUAGAAAACGUUUUGCUAUUUUAUGCAGUCAUCACAAGCCCUUUAUCAUUCCUAAUUAAGAAUUCCUACUAGGUACAGUUACUUAAUAGGAUAAAAUCUUUCUUUUUUUACAUUGAUUUACUGCCAGUAGAGAGACAUGAAUGCAAUAGAUGUAUUUUGGAUAACUUGUCAUUGGAGGUCAACCUUCCUGUGUGAAUAAAAUACCGUUGGAGAUGUACAUCGUAACUUCAUCGUAUGGUAUGGUUUAUCUACGAGCGAGAAUUGCAUCUAAUAAACUAGAGGUAUCAACAAAUAA